AUGGGGUCAGAGCGGCUGGAGAUGCGCAAGAGACAGAUGCAAAUGCACCAGGAAGCCGCGACCAGUGUCCUCCAAUCACAGCACAGGAUGGGGAACAUGCCCACCAACGCUUCCAAUGCCUGUUGUUUCUGCUGGUGUUGCUGCUGCAGCUGCUCCUGUCUGAAUGUUAUGACAGAGGAUGAGAGGAUUCAAAGAAGCACCUAUGAGAGGAGGGCAGAGGGAAUCGCAAACUGUGAUGACAGCCCCAAGCCUACUCUGGAGGAUGCGACAAUAUGGACCAUGUCGUUUGAGAGGCUGAUGAAGAGCCCCGCAGGGCGGGGCUGCUUCCGACAGUUCCUAAGGACAGAGUUUAGUGAAGAGAACAUGAUGUUCUGGUUGGCCUGCGAAGAGCUCAAAAAGGAGACCAACAAAACUGUGGUGGAGGAGAAAGUACGACAGAUCUAUGAGGACUUCAUUUCUAUCCUCUCCCCUAAAGAGGUGAGUUUGGACUCACGUGUUCGAGACGUGAUCAACAAGAACAUGCUGGAGCCCACGUCCCACACGUUUGAGGACGCCCAGCAGCAGAUCUACACGCUGAUGCAGAGAGACUCAUACCCACGCUACAUGAACUCGACAGCGUAUGCCGAAUUACUGCAGGGCCUGGAAGAACCACCACCUGCCACAGAGCCAUAGACUUCCAUUCUCCGUCAAUCACUCUACACAUUGCUCUUAGAUGACACUUGUGUAUCUUAGGUCCAGCUUUCAGUUACAGUUCACAUGUUGAUUGAUCAAUAGGCUCUAUUUACAAAAAUGUCGAUAUUAAGGUGUAACUACUGUGUGCUACCUUAAAUAUUGGCUUUCCAAAAUCCUCAAAGCGAGCAAGAACAUACGCUGUAUUCCAAUUCAGAUUUCAAGAUGUUUCCAAAUAUAUUUAUAUUUUUAUAUUGCCUAGCACUUCACAUUGCACUUUUCUAUAGUUUUAUGAGGGGAAAGCAUGUUGUAUCUGUUAGCACUGCAUUUGUGUGUAGUUCUAUUGUCAGACUUAAAUCAUUUUCAGUUAUUUUUAAUGAAAUCUAAUUUCACUUAAUAUUAAGAAGACAUGGGAAAGUGCCUUGGCAUUAGAUCGUUUACCACUACACCUUCAACAUACAGUACCAGUCAAUAGUUUGGGAACACCUACUCAUUCCAUGGUUUUUCUUUAUUUUUACUAUUUUCUACAUUGUAGAAUAGUGAAGACAUCAAAACUAUGAAAUAACACAUAUAGAAUCAUGUAGUAACCAAAAAAGUGUUUAACAAAUCAAAAUAUAUUUUCUAUUUGAGAUUCUUCAAAGUAACCACCCUUUGCCUCGAUAACAGCUUUGUACACUCUUGGCUUUCUCUCAACCAGCUUCAUGAGGUAGUCACCUGGAAUGCAUUUCAAUUAACAGGUGUGCCUUGUUAAAAGUUAACUUAAUGUGUUUGAGACAAUCAGUUGUGUUGUGAAAAGGUAGGGUUGGUAUACAGAAGAUAGCCCUAUUUGGUAAAAUACCAAGUCCAUAUCAUGGCAAGAACAGCUCAAAUAAGCAAAGAGAAACAACAGUCCAUCAUUACUUUAAGACAUGAAGGUCAGUCAAUACGGAACAUUUCAAGAACUUUGAAAGUUUCUUCAAGUGCUGUCGCAAAACCAUAAAGUGCUAUGAUGAAACUGGCUCUCAUGAGGACCGCCACAGGAAAGGAAGACCCGGAGGUAUCUCUGCUGCAUAGAAUAAGUUCAUUAGAGUUACCAGCCUCAGAAAUUGCAGCCCAAAUAAAGUCUUCACAGAGUUUAAGUAACAGACCCAUCUCAACAUCAACUGUUCAGAAGAGACUGCAUGAAUUGCUCCAAAGAAACCAUUGCUAAAGGACACCAAUAAGAAGAAUGGACAUUAGACCGGUGGAAAUUUGUCCAUUGGUCUGAUGAGUCCAAAUUUGAGAUUUUUGGUUCCAACUGCUGUGUCUUUGUAAGACGCAGAGUAGGGGAACAGAUGAUCUCUGCAUGUGUGGUUCCCACCGUGAAGCAUGGAGGAGGUGGUGUGAUGGUGCUUUCCUGGUAACACUGUCUGUGAUUUAUUUAGAAUUCAAGGAAAGUUUAACCAGCAUGGCUACCACAGCAUUCUGCAGCGAUACGCCAUCCCAUCUGGUUUGGGCUUAGUGGGACUAUCAUUUGUUUUUCAACAGGAAAAUGACCCAAAAUACACCUCCAGGCUGUGUCAGGGCUAUUUGAGCAAGAAGGGAAGUGAUGAAGUGCUGCAUCAGAUGACCUGGCCUCCACAAUCACCCGACCUCAACCCAACUGAGAUGGUUUGGGAUGAGUUGGACCGCAGAGUGAAGGAAAAGCAGCCAACAAGUGCUCAGCAUAUGUGGGAAGCAUUCCAGGUGAAGCUGGUUGAGAGAAUGCCAAGAGUGUGCAAA